UCUGAGCUUUGAGCACGUAGCCUGCUUACAAAUUACCGACCAAACUCAACGUGAGGGAGUCUGCCUUGAACAGAUCUGCCUCUCCUUUUCUUUUUCUCUCCUGCUCACUCUUGAGCCACCUUUACGUCUGAAACGUCGCCGCUGAUGAGGAUGCUGCUGCUGGUGCUGGUGGUGCUCUACUUCUGAGCGACUUCCCGACCGCUCCGCACAGCAGGAGCAGCCCCCCCCAACCCCUCCUGCACGGUUCUCCUCCCCCGCUGCUGUGUCAAAAGAUUAACAGACCCCCACACUGCAGGGAGGCGACAGAGUCGCAGAUUCAGACCCAGAUCGAGCGCCUGCACAGAAAGAAAAGGAUCACAGGACCGAGUCGAGUCGGGAAGGAGAACAUCUGCGCUAACGACGAGGGGGAAAUCUUCCAACUAUGAGCCGAGUUUUUUGUUUUUAUUUCCUCAACACCUUCUUGGUGCUUCUCGAUGAAGCUUCUCCCGGAGCCUGAGUGCGACCAAACACCCGGACAGUGACACUUUUAUCGGCUCAUCAUCGACGUUAAAAGGGGAGGGGGGGGGGGACUUUAUUGGCCACCCGACUGCGCUUCUAAAUCAACCCAGGACGACUGAGCCCAAGUGCAAUACGAAUGGUUCGGGCAUGGUGCCCACGCCCCAGGUGUGCGUAUCAACCCUGGUCACGGUGAGCACGAUGGCGGUGGUGGACCUCUAUCUGCUGGAGCAGAGCAUGCUGGGAGCUCGUGGCAUGUCAGGGCCCAGCGUGUGGCAGUACGUGGCUGUACUGCUAGGUGACGUCUGCUUCCUGCUUGCCCUGCGCUUCGUCUCGGCCGGCGUAGUUUCUGAGGCGCAGUCAUCACGACGGGGUUUCGCCAACGCCCUCUGGUUCCUGUUCCUGUCCCUGUUGCAGUUGAAGCUCUUCUUCGUCUGCCACAACUACAGGCAGGAGCGGCGCCCGCCCGACCCACUGGCCAGGAAGACCCUGACACUGCUGCUGUCCAUCUGCCUGCCCUCCCUGUUUCUAAUCCUGACCGGAGCUGAUCACAUGACUCCACAGCGCAGGAAGCAGGAGGUGCGGAGCCGGCUCUUGUGGGUUAUUGUGGAUCUCCUAGAUGUGCUGGACCUGCAGGCGGGUCUGUGGGAAGCCCAGGGUGGGUCUGGGGGGGUCGUUGAACAGAGGCUGCCAAUCUGGGCAGAGGGCCUGGUCUUCUUCUACUGCUACGCGCUCUUGCUGCUGCUGCCCUGUGUGGCCCUAACAGAACUGGGGGCCACCAGCCUGCCAGGACAGAGAGGACCCCGUAGGGAAGCUCUGUACCCUUGGCUCAGCUUGAUCACCAUUAACAUCUUCACCCUGGCUCUUAGGGGAACAGGCAUGCUGUGGUACAGAGACUCCCGUGUGUCGACUGUGUUUCUGGGGAAAAACUUGCUGGCUUUGGCUGUGAAGCUGAGCUCAGCCUGGGAGAGACACAAGCAGGAGCACGGUGCUACAGGAGCUGGGACUGUAGCUGUAGCAGAACCAGAAGCCUCUAGUGUACCAAGCCAGAACUUGGAGCAGGACGAGGGCCAGGCCCAGGGGAAAGUUCCUCCUGCUCAUUUUCACACACUAACUCGUUCCCAAAGCCACACUCUGUCCCAAGUCAGCCUGGAGCCCACAGCAACACCCUUGGGGCCCUCUUUUAUCUCCCAUGAACUGUAGAGAAUCAUGCCCAACAUGCAUGCCUGCAAAUACUGUGUGUACGCACAUACAAACUUUAAAAACUCAAGCAGACUGAGCCAGUAUCACCUCCCAGCAGAGAACGGCGGCGGGCAGAACGUGGAGCUGUGGAAAUUCAUUUGGCACGCUCGUCUGUUCGUGCAUUACAUCGUGCUGGGAGGAACUUGAAAUGCAUUGUUGUGAUUUGUGGGAGUGCAUUUUUAGAGUCAACACUGUGAGCAGCACUGCCAGCCUGUAAAGUGUAUUGUAGAGAUGUUGAAGCCUAGUGAGUAUUCUCUGUUGUAUAAUGGUGGCUUAACUGCCUUACUUCUCUCAGUUUGUUGUUGUUUGAAAUCUACGUCCUUCUGACAAAUAUAUUUUUAGAUUAAUUUCUACUUCUUAGUAAAUAUCCAUUGAUAUCCAAGUUAAAAUUGUAUGGUUCUUUGGAGAAACUGGAUCAUUAGAUGCCAAAAUCUGAGCUGUGACCUUUCAGUAUGGAUAUUCUGUCAUUUUAUUAGAAAAAUUUAAUACAGAGAGGUGAUGCUACAUUUUUCUUUUCCUUCAGUACCAAAGAGCCAAGAUUGAACAAGGAAAACUCCCACAUUACCCUUCUACACUGUGGUUUAAAGUUUUAAUGUAAAGUUUUAACCAAUGAUCUUACCCCAGGUGAUGUUUCCCUUGUUAGAUUAUUCUCCGAAAAACUUGGAUUAAGCCUUUUAUAUGAAUAAAAUAUAGAAAGGUUAGUCAGAAAAAAGGUAAUAUAAUGUCCAGUGGAGAAAGUAAGUUUGAACAUGUUAGUAAAAGUAUUUCUAAUGGGCCUUUGAAAUUCACACCAGACUUCUAUAACAACCCAGAGUCUAGACAGAAAUUAAAAUUAUUAAGUCCAUAAAUUAAGUUUUUUAUAAUAAAUUGGAAUGACACAGGGAAUACGCAUUACACACAUGAAGAAAAUGAGGUACAGAGAGGCACAGAAAGCCCAGAAACCACCUAAAAUCUAUCGACAUCUUAAAAUCAGUCUUGCUAACCUUCUGAGUGUCCCAGUUAGCACUAUUGGUGUCCUAAUCCAGAAGUGGAAAGUGCAUAAUUUCAUCAUACAGUGCCCAAGACCAAUGGAUUGAUCUUCAGAGAGGCCUGGAUACCGUAAAUGAGAUACAAUUUUUCAAUGUAAACAACAAGAAAUGUACGAAUCAGAAGAUGAAACAAGGAUUUUUCAGCAGGACAAUUAUUCCAGACAACCAAGGAAACUCUUAACUGGUUUCAAGUCAAUAAAAAAUAAUGCUGCUAUAAUAGCCAAGGUAUAAAGCUAUAGGAAGGAUAAAAGAUCACAGUUUAUGUAGAAGCCCACAGACACUUGAAGAUUUGAAGACAAGUAGUGUGGAAUAAUGGGUCAUACUUGAGCAAUGUAUUGGACUAGUUUCUCCACACAGAAGAUGUUAAUACCAAAAAAAGCUUUUCUACCAAGUAUUGUAUAAUCUCAAUAACUUUCCCAUGUGUUUUUCCAUUUUAUUGCACAUUGCUUAAUUUAUGGACUAAUUUGUGUUGAUUUUUUCCUGUGGGUUGAUGUAUUGGGCUGGUUACUGACAUGCUGGUGUGAAUUUCAUGUCAAUAGCCUCAUUAGGAAUAUAUUUACAGAGAAAAACUUCAAUACUUGUGUUCAAUACUAUUUUCCCCACUAACUGCUUUUUCUCCUCUAGAUCGUAAGGAGUCAGCUGAGGUAGCUAGUGCAUCUGGUCAGGAUGCCUCCAGGGUGCCUCCCUUUGAAGAUUUUCUGAAAAUGUCCCCGGGGCUGAACCAGAACUCACUGGAGGCACCCUACAUCCCCCUUCUGGCCUUGGAACGCUUUAAAACCCCUUGAGGGUUUGUUACCCCCACAACCAGAUAUCAGAGAAGUGGAAGGCAGUGGCUGGACAGAAGUACAGAACUAGUAGUUUGUUUUGGGAUAUCUAAUGACCUUUAGGAUGUAACUAUGCUGCCAUGGAGAUUCUCUCUUAAGAUGAAUCUUAUUGUUAUUCCUUGUAUCAAUAUGGCCAGAUGGUGCUUCUCCUGCUCACUUCAAAGAUAUUUCUUGCAAAUUUCCACUGACAAAAUUGGCCAGCUUAAUGCCAACUAGUUACGUGAACAGUUUUAUAAAAAAACAAAAAAACAAAAAAACAUAAUGAUAAUGAGAAAAUGGUCAGUGAUCAGUUUUUUCAGUCUGUUUUUUCCACCCAUUAGGAGAGAACAAUUAUUCAGGAUGAGGUAAACUAAUCUCAAUGUUGCCAAUUUAUCUCAGCCUUGUCAACAAACAUGCAAACCCUUCUGACUGGCGACCUUUAUCCGAGCAUGGAAGGAAAGGUCGAACCAUUUAGACACUCGAAAUGGUAGGUGAUUGGCUUAAAAAGAGGAAAAAGAAAUCGAUUAACGUCACAGCAUCCAUUUUUGUCGUGCUCUCACGAAGGCCACAGAGCUAAAAAGUUAGAGGACGUUUGUCGACAUAGACAGAAUAAAGAGGUGAAAUUUAACAUGUUCAACCUUUUCCUAAAGAUGCUUGUGACUGGCUUUCUAUCGAUGCAUGGAUAUUCAGUGACAUUCAGCAUUAAAAUCGCCUCUUUCUAAAGGAUUUGAUAAACACACUUUGUGUCGUAAACCUUUUCCACAGAAAGCCAGAGAAAAUAUGAAGUUAGUGACACAGCUAUAGGACGCUAGUCAUUAUCUGAAUGGCUUUCUGUUCCUCAGUGAUCCGAAUAGACCAACUGCUACUGAAAGGAGACCUCCUGACCUAAUCUGUCCAUCUAUCAGUGGUUGACAUCCGGACAAUGUGUUCAUUUAACAGGCUAAUAUUAAUCCCAUUGGGCACUUCAACUAAAGGGAACUAUGACUAAAAUCACUACUUAGUUCCACCUUUAUGAAAGAAACUUUGCAGCAGAGGAAUCAGGAGGUAUUGUAGUUAAGCAUUAAUCUGCAGUUGCAUCUUUGCUGUGACCCAUAUACUCAAUUACUCUGAAAUGACUUCAGCUCAGUGACAAAUAAUUCACUUUCACAUGCAGCACUGUACAUAAGUCCUCAACCAUAUCUCAUAUCUUUACAUUUGGCUUCCAGGCAAAUCUUGUCAUCAUUUUGCUUAAUAUUUUUCCAGAUCUUUCAGUUUGGGUUUGGACUUUGGCUGCUCUUUCCCUUAUUUUUGUGUCCGGUACUCAGCUCAGAAGAAUGUUUAAGCUUCAGGUAUAAAAAGGCUCCUAAACUUAAAUGAUAAAGUGGUGUUGUAUCUACACAUAACAGAAAACUUGGAAAACGAAUUUAAUUUUGAUCUUUGGAUAUUUGUUUCAUUCAUUUCACAGAAUCUAUGAAAAAUGCCAAAGAUAACACAGCUUGCCAGGCAUUGUCAUUGUAUUUUACCACCAACAAAGCAAUUCCUGCCAAUUCUUAAAAAUUUCUGAGCUCUCAGGUCCAUUUAGACAAUUCUUGAGAAAUAAAUACCACAAAAUAAAUAAUUGGAGAUAUUUCUACAAUGGUCACAUUUAAAAGAUGGAGGGAUGGAUACAACUUCUAGACAAUGGGAUGCAAAAUAAAGUUUAAAUUUUUAAAUGUUCUGUUUUUUCCCCACACUUUAUUCAGCCUUACAAAAAUCCCAGACUUUUUCAGGAAGAUUUUCUCUUUUAGGACAAUUAAAUCCCAAAGAGUUGUUGAAUAAAAACCCGACAUAUAGAAAGAUGAUGAAUCUCUCAUGUCCUAUGUCAGGUUUUGCCUGAAUUUGAUUCUUAUUUCUUAAAGACAUGGAAUUCAGAAACCAUUUAUCAGCUUCAGAUUUAUAUAGGCCUCAGACGUCUUUGGGCCUCCACUUGUCCAUUUUCCUCAUUUCAAAAAGGACAAUAUCCAUAAGAACUGGACACAAAAUGGUUUAGAGAGCAUUCAUGUACAAAUAAAGCUGUAUAAGGCCUUGGGAAGCCUGGAGAACUAUGAAUCCCCACUUUAAAAGAUUACAAUGAAGUCUGGCUUCUUAAAAUAAACAGGAAAUAAUUGGUGGCCAUAAUGUCCUAAAACAUCAGACUGCAACUUAAACAACCUAAUGUGAAAAAACAUAAGAUGUCAAGAACAAAAGAUGCCGUCUGCAUACUUGCAAUCUUUCUCUGUAUGGACCUCAAGCAUUUCUUGAGCUUGCUGUAACACGAACUACACAAGACGCAGGUCUAUUUUACUACGUUGUUUACAGAAACCGAAUGCCGAUGUAAGUAAUCCCUUUACAGUUUUUUUAAAACCACGUUGAUGUGAUUUGUACUUAUCUCUGAGUCUGUCAGUCAUUUUUACAAACAAGAAAAAAAAGCCUCUGAUCUCUUAAGAUGAAAGUUGGCUUUUUUAGUUUCAUUUUUGUUUUAACUAGAGAUAGAGCCUUUCAUCUGUAAAUGUAUCACGAUGUUGGGCGUCACAGGGUUGAGAUCUGCUGUACGGUUAAGUGCCUUGUUUCCUCAUGGAGCGACGAGAGGCGUGCACGUUCAGUGUACCAUGUGGAACUGGGACAUGUGCUGUGUGGAGACUGUGAAGCUGGUUCUGAUACACCUUCAGAGUGCAAACUAAUAAAAGUGUUUCAUACUCA